AUGGGCUUGCAAGGAAGCAGGGCAGCCGCCAUCCAGACUAUCGUUUUCCAAAUACUGCUGUGCCUACUGACUUUCUACACCCUCUAUUACAUGAUCGGGAGUGUUUGCUGCGGGGUGUUCAGGCUCAACUCUUUCGAUGUGCGUCUCCCUUUUGAAUUUAAAAUGGAGCCAUCCUACUCGAACCCCAAGUAUUUAGUGAACGUCAUUUCCAUGGAGCUCACCUUUUUCAGCAGCGGCGUGUUCUUUGCGGUGAUGCUGAGACGGUGGGUCUGGGACUACGCCCUCACGGUCACCUCCACCCACCUGCUGUUGACCUGGGCAGGUGAGCCAACCGAGGCUUUGAAGUGGCCAAAAGGAGCCAGUGUUUGCCUUGAGCAGUGGCCUAAAUACCUGCAACAGGAAGGGAAGCAGCAGUUCAGUUUAGAUUUCAUGUGGCAGGCAGAUAUGUUCCCAAGACACCCUUCUCUGCUAGAAGUGCCUUUGGCCGUGGCCAGCCAUAAAUACCUACAACAGGAAGGGAAACUGAAGCUCAGCGUAGUUCUUAUACAGUUGGCAGACAGGUUCCCAAGAUUCCCUUCCCUGCUAGAAGAGCCUCUGGUCUUUCCCAGCUGA